GCGACGCGAAACGCCAACAUUGUGCGAUUGACCGCCACCCUGUUCGGCAGCAUGGUGACUCGACGCUCCACUCUCCUGUUUUUGGUCGCGAUCUUCGCGGCUGAACUCACAACCGCCGCAUCCAGGGCCGUCAACAUCUCCAACACGUGGUUUCUGCCACAGGAGGGAUUCCCAGUCUUCUAUCGCUACUUCCGUGACCGCAUCACGUGGUUUGAGGCCGACGCUGUUUGUCAGUUCCACCAUGGGAACCUCGUCACGGUUGAUUCAAGCAAUCAGUAUGACACUACGCGAGCCUAUCUGAAGGAACUUGACGUGGUCACCAAUGUGUGGAUCGGCCUCAAAAAGAAGGGACCGAAUGAUGAAUUCUCUUGGACCGAUUACAAGACUUUAGCUCAAGAUGGUGGCUAUUGGCAGGAGCAAAUUCCUAAGUCCGAGGCAGCCCUUUGUGCUGCCAUAGACCCGGCAGCAGACUUUCGUUGGCACAGCCUCAAUUGUGGCGGUCCAGAAACUGCCUCCUUCAUAUGUGAACUCCCUGUUCCACCAUGGGCACGGAAAGAGAAUGGCUGCAUGCUGACAGCACUCCCAUCACUGACAGUAACUUACCUGCCAGAGCAAGCUGCUGUGGAAUUAACAUCUGACUGUGGGCUGGAUGGAACUCGAAGAAUAGCAUGCAAGGGACAAGCUGACCGCAGUGAGAUGAUUCAUCAGUUGUCAUGUGACAAUGGGAAUGAGUCAAGCCAUGAGGCAGAAGAAGAAGAUAGACCCGUAUCAGCAAGCAGUUCCACUUUGGGCACACCUAGUGAGAGCAGUGCAGGUAGAACCGAAUCCCACCAACCACCAACCAGACACCGCCGUGAUGCAGAUGACGUCAGCCCCCUGCUACUGAGAACAUCCAGGAGCCUCAAUACAGAAGCAGAGGAGAUCAACAGCACUGGUACUAGCACUUAUAUUGUUACAAGCACUUCAAGUACAGUGGAAACUGUCACCAUGACCAGUGACACCCUUGAAGAAAUAAAUGUUACAACUCAAGAAUUUACAGCCCCUGAAGUGGUAUCAGCGACAGAUGGCUUGACUUUGACUGGCGACCAUGAGCAGCAGUCCUACACCACCACAGACCCCAGAACAACAGCAGCAACGAAACAGGUGCAUACAGAAUAUUUCAUAACAGUUGUGCCAGAUGAUACAUCUGUUACCAUUAAAGACAUGGUGCAGAAAACAAUUAUUAUGGACAAACACACAGAGGAGACAGAGGCAACUGGAAGCAUGUUAAGUACACCAAUCAUUAUGUCUCCUACAGGCUUGUCAACUGCCAAUACUGAUGCUGAAACAUCAGCAUCAAUGGGUGUACUUAAUGAAGUCAAGGACAUUACAGUUUCACUUACAGAUGAUGCUAUAAAAAACAACACAGGAGACUUGACAAUGAAAGAAGAAAUCUUUCCACCUGAAACGGUUUCAGUAACUAUGGAUACCUUUAUUAUGAGGAACACAACAGUAAGUAGUUCAAGCAAUGAUAAUAUCAGUGUAUCAGGUGAAGAAUCCAUCAACCCAAAUUAUAAGGAAAGCUCAGUGCUAACCAAGGAUAACAAUGAAACUAAUGAUCAGAUGGUACAAGACCGUGAAGAGGAGAAUCGUCGCCGCAAGUUGCUACCAGCACCUCUACGUGGUGUCCCACAUGGCACAGAUGACCAGACAAAUGAAAAUAGCAUUAAAUCAGUGAGUGACUGGGCUUCACAUAAUGACCAACAAGACGAAGGAGAACAGAUUCAACCUGUUGAAACUGAACCAGAAGUCCCUGCUCGACCCAACAGAGGAAGAAGGCUAAUCAGACCUCAAAGUCACUCAUUCUAUCCUUAUUUUCUUAAUCGGGUAUUGGGUUGAAUCACUGCUUCAUUCUCAUAAAUGCUUCAAUAGAAAAAGGUUCUUGGUCAGUUGUCUGUAUUUUGCUAUCCCUGUCACAAACAGUUUCUGGAUAACUACACAGCAUACCAUUUCUUGAGAAGAUAUGAAAGGGAUUUGUAUUUAAAGUUUGUGAAACUAGAUUUAAAUAUUUUCAAGAGUGAUUAUGAUUGAGAAUUGAAUAAUAAUUUGAAUUCUACUCAUCAAACUAAAUUCAGUCACCCUUUCUAAGCCUGCCAACAUUUUGACAUCAGACACUAACAACUAAUUAACCUCAAUUCAAAAGGAUAUCAGAAAAAAAACUGUACCAAAGCCACUGAUCUGUUGUGAAUAUAGGCUUAACAGCUUAUAAACUCACUCACCUGAAGGAAACCAGUGACCAUAUGUCAUAAUAUGUGUCACACGUAGUUCCUAGAGUACUACUAGUACACAGAAAAAAAAAGCAUGGAUUAGUAACAUUGUAUCUCCAUUCUUCAAGCAGAUAUGUUCAGGACUCAGUUUGUAAUUACAUUGUCACUAGAACCACAACUGGAUCGUUGUAGCAAUGAUUAUAGAGUUUCUACAGAGCUACACAGAUACAGAGAUGUAACAGCAGCACUUCCAUUUCUUAAGAAGUUAUACACUGUUUAAUUUAUAGUGAUGGCUUGUUACUGCAACUGGAUACCUCUAGGAAUUAUUGUAAAUUGAACUAUAAAUAUCUUCACUUGUGUUGAGACAGAAAUUCUUGUUAUCAGAUUUAAAAGCAACGGUUCAUGGAGACACAAGGAAAUUCAGAGAUCAAAUAUUCCAUCAAAGGUACAUCCUAUCUCUGCCAAAUGGCAUAUUGCAUUAUAUCACUUGUGUUCUGCUAAAUGCCAUUUUUAAUGUGUAGGAACUGAACAGCAGAAGUUCUGUGCAUAUCCAUCACAAAUUAAAGACUUCAGAACAUGUGAUCAUAAAUGAUUCCAUACAAUCAUAAUCCCCAAAGAAAAAAUAUGGACAUAUGCAAUUACUAAUUUCUCAUAUAUUACAGAGCAAUUUCACAGAUUUAAACACACGAUACCACAAUAGCUUCAAGUUCUUGCAUAGUUACAGAAUAUUUGUAUUUUGAUAGAGAUAGCAGCAGAUGAAAGUAGAUGGUAUGCACAUCAUGCAGUUUGCCUAAUUUCACGCAUUAAUCACGCAAUUGCACCGUCCUGUCUCCCGUCCUGCAUUACUAAGGCACGCAAAUAAGUUGACUGCACGUACAGCACAACAAAUUGUCAUGAAUGACUUGAUCUUUCAAUUGUGUAUUCUCUUCACAUUUCAAUAAGAGAAGUGUGUUUUCUCUUAUGGCCCCAGAAUUAUGUGAAACACGUAAAUAUAUUUUCUUUGAAGUCCCGAUAAAGUGUUAUGACAUUUCAAACUAAUUAUUCUUGACAAUUUCCCAGCAGCUCUGCCAUAAGUGCAAAAAAAAA